AUGACGACAAGCUGGGACGAGGUUUUGCGAAAACACGGCAUACGAAGGAUCCCCCAUCCAACCAAAGACCAGGUCCGAAAGGCAUACGUCCGGGCUGAUGCAAACGAGCUCAACGACGUGUGGCAAUCAUACAUCACUGGCCGGCAAUGUUGGCACCCCUGGGAUACAUAUAGCCCCCCGGAUCUCGAGAUAGUCUGUUCCGCGGAUAUCCGUGUAUACCACAGAAACAGUGUGCCCUGUGACUGUGGCCACGACCUAGCUGUGGAGAGGUUGUCCGUGGCUUGUUCACUCGUCGACUUUGGCAACUACGCAGGUUACGACUCUGUGAGACGUUGCUACGCGUUCCGAGGGCAGCGGAGACUUCUGGACGACUUCCUAGGCAGAGCAGAGGAGCUAUUCGACAAGAGAGAAGUCAAGAUGGCUCUCGUGGCAGCGGUCGGUAUCACAAUUCCGUUUGCAGGGUUUCCGUCGGGGUGGAAAUUGGAAGAGUUUGCCAUGCACGCUGAGACCAUGAUGUGCAUAUUGUUCCUGGCAUCGACUGACGAGGAUCCGCUCAACUUUGAGGCCUUGGCCUUGGCCUCCGUGCCGGAAAAGGAGCCGGACAGUGACACGGGCUUGGACUUGGGCGAAGAAUCCGACUCCCAGAGUGGCGCGCGCCAGCACGCUGCAGAAGCAGGAUCGGCGCAAGGUUUCGACGUUGUCCCGGGUGACGUUGUUGAGCCGGGUCGAUAUCCCCUUCGACAACGAAAGUCGGUUGUCCAUGGUUGA